UUCCAACCAGAGUUGCUCCAACCUCAAGAAUUCCCAUAAUCAUGGCGGCCAAUUUCUUUAGCAACAAAGCCCGCGCUGCUGCUGCUGCCAAUGCUACCGCCUCCAAAUCAAAAUCCACCGCGGACGAAGCAGACAAGUCAAAACUUCAGCCUUGGGUGGAGAAGUAUCGGCCGAAGACGCUUGAUGAUGUAGCUGCUCAAGAUCAUACCGUCACAGUCCUACAGCGGACGCUCCAGGCUUCAAACCUCCCACAUAUGCUCUUCUACGGCCCUCCCGGUACGGGAAAAACUUCUACCAUUCUCGCCCUCGCCAAAUCCCUUUUCGGCCCCAAACUCUACCGCUCACGCAUCCUCGAACUAAACGCCUCCGAUGAGCGAGGUAUCAAUAUUGUCCGCGAGAAAAUCAAGGAUUUCGCCCGUAUUCAACUCUCACAUCCCCCUGCGCACGAUUCGGAGUAUAGAAAACAAUAUCCAUGUCCGCCAUUUAAGAUUAUCAUCUUGGACGAAGCGGAUAGUAUGACGCAAGAUGCGCAGUCUGCACUGCGACGCACAAUGGAGAGAUUUUCGAGGAUCACGCGUUUUUGUCUCGUGUGCAAUUAUGUCACAAGGAUAAUUGACCCUCUGGCGAGUCGAUGUAGUAAAUUUCGGUUUAAGUCGUUAGAUGGUUCCGCAGCAGGAACUCGAUUGGAAGAGAUUGCCAAGACGGAAAAAUUAAGGCUCGACAAUGGCGUGGUUGAUGCACUGAUUCGGUGUAGUGAAGGAGAUUUGAGAAGAGCGAUUACAUAUAUGCAGAGUGCGGCAAGGCUAGUUGGAUCUGGGUUAUCGGGGAAGAGCGGGAAAGAUGAAAGUGGCGAUGAAGUCAUGACUGAUGCCGAUCAAUCAGGCGUCAUUACAGUGCAAACGGUUGAAGAGAUCGCGGGUGUUGUCCCGGACAAGGUAGUGAAUCGGUUAAUAGACGCCAUGCAGCCAAAGAAAGGCGGCUCGGUGUACGAAGGAGUUGCAAGAGUCGUUACUGAUAUUGUGGCUGAUGGCUGGAGUGCCGGUCAGAUGCUCUCACAGAUGUACCAAGCAAUUGUUUUCAACGAGUCAAUACCUGACAUUCAGAAGAACGAUAUUGUUCUGGUGUUCUCCGAGUACGAUAAGCGUCUUAUCGAUGGUGCAGAUGAACAACUAUCCAUACUUGACUUGGCUUUGAGGAUCUCUGCGAUAUUAGGCCGAUCAUGAAGUUCGAAUUCGGUUAAGGGAUGAAAAUACCCGUUAUGAAAUCCCCUCCACGGCACUAACUCGCUGGAUUCCGCCAUGGUACGGCUCACUUUUGAAUCCCAAUGCUAUCAACUCCUGGGUGGAGAGGGUGUCGUUUGUAUCCGUGAAAAAUGCUAUUCGUAAGCUCAAUGUGCAGCUUGCCAGGGGAGUACAUACCAUCCAGCAACCCUUUAUCAUUGCUGCAGCUUGUAUCUUGCUGCUACAGGUAGUCAGCAUUCGAUAUCGAGGGAACAUUUGAAAGGACUACUGCGUUUUCAUCAGAAGCAAGGCGCCGUGGCACGGAAGAGUCGCCUUACAGUAUGACUGACUAGAUGUAUGAGAUGGUUCGACUAAGAUCUUUUGUUAGCAGGUGGUCCUGGGACUCUGGUGGGUAUAGUGAGUACCUGAAGCAAGCGAUAAGGUAGCUUACGCAGCCCUAGGCUUAUGGUUACUAUCAGAUACCCAGGUGCUAGGUAGCUACUCAUA